GCAACUGUGUCCAGUGUAUUCCAAGGAGCCAAGACGGACAAUGACACUAAAUCCAAUAUAUUCUCCGGAAAAACCUUUGGUCAGGUGUUCAUAAUGCCAUUAUUCGCGCCAAUGGUGGGACCAUUCGAUCUCGACGUUCGGGGAACCCUGAAGAAGUUCUUAUUUAUGGCGGCAAAAAUCAACGUAGAAAUCUUUCAUUCACAUUCAAGUCCAGCUCUAACUCUUUAUAAAGCUCCUGACAUCAAGGCAAUCGUCCGAGAUGGAAAGCAGAAUAUCAUCUAUCCGCAAUGGGUGCUGGAUAGUGUCAAUAAGAAACAAGUCCUCUCUUUCCGGUCCAA